AUGUUCCAGUUUUGUCCGCCCCUGGAAUACUUUGUGAAAAAUCACCACGCGACGGAACGGCUGAUUGACCUCUACCGCGGGAGCAGGGAGCUCUAUGGUAUGCGCAAGGUCGUAGCCGGUGGGUCAAAACCGCAUAAAUUGACAACAGAAGAACUGGCCCAAGUCGAGCGACUCUUGACUGAGCUGGAGUUGGAGUUGCCGCAUAAGGCCACCGGCUUCGAGUAUGCGCCCUGGCAAGUCAAGGACCACCAACGACAGGCCAAGGCACUCGAGGCCAAACUGAAUUUGAGCCAGCCCUCGACGGAGGAGACGCGGAGGAUGCUCCGGCGAGUGGCUGAUAUCAUCGUGUUUCUCGGCCAGGUGAGUCUGCCCGCCUACUCGUCCACCCGUGUCCACUAG